UUGUUUGCGCAGCAGGAGUUCUAGAGGGGCCGGCCGGGCAGAGCUCCCGCUUCCCUCCCCUUGCGCGGGGUCCGGGUGGGGAGGAUGGCGGCUGCUGCCGGUGAGUGGGAGGCUCCGUCGCGGGCGCUGAGGGCGCUGACCUGGCUCGGGCAAGAGUUCAUGUCGGACUGGGAAGCCCAGGACUUGCGGGCCGCCCUCUUCCAGCUGCUCUUGCUCUGGCUGCUUGUGAGCUUGCUGGGUAUCCAGGUGGCCUGGCGAGUCUAUGGGAAUACUGUCACCGGCCUCUACUACCGGCAAGGUCCUGGAGGACAGAAUGGAGGAACACCAGAUGGAUCCUCCCACUUCUCAAUGUGGGAGAGCGUAAGAAAUGAAACUAUGAAAACUCAUCGGGAAUGACGAUAGGAGCUGACAAAACCAAACUGUUGCAAAACCAGG